UGUGUGUGUGUUUGGCGCCUAUCCAAGGUGAUUUCCCAUAAACCACAUGUCCCACAAGUCCGCUUAAAAGGCUGUGCCGAGGAGCUGGCCAGUGGAGCCCGGCUGGUGGAAAGUGAAAGUUGCCUGGGUGCUCUCGGCGCCGCCGCCCGCUCUCCGCAGCCCCCGGACGGCAGCGCGGCCCACGGCCGGGGAGCAGGCUCUGCGGCGGCCAGCGAGCGAGCUAGCGAGGGCGGCCGACGCGCCCGGCCCGGGACCCAGCUGCCCGUAUGACCGCGCGGGGCGCCGCCGGGCGCUGCCCUCCCACGACAUGGCUGACACCCCUGCUUCUGCUGGUCUGUCUCCUGGUGAGAGGGAGUAUUACCGAGGAGGCGUCGGAGCACUGUAGCCACAUGAUUGGGAAUGGACACCUGCAAUUCCUCCAGCAGCUGAUUGAUAGUCAGAUGGAGACUUCCUGCCAGAUUGCCUUUGAGUUUGUAGACCAGGAGCAGUUGAAAGAUCCUGUGUGCUACCUUAAGAAGGCAUUUUUCCUGAUGCAAGACAUCAUGGAGGACACCAUGCGCUUCAAAGACAAUACUCCCAAUGCCUACGUCAUUGUGAAGCUCCAGGAACUCUCUCUGAGGCUUAAGAGCUGCUUCACCAAAGACUAUGAAGAGCAGGGCAAGGCCUGCGUCAGAACUUUCUAUGAGACACCCCUGCAGUUGCUGGAAAAGAUCAAGAAUGUCUUUAAUGAAACCAAGACUCUCCUGAAAAAGGACUGGAACAUUUUCAGCAAGAACUGCAACGACAGCUUUGCUAAGUGCUCCAUCCAAGAUGUGGUGACCAAGCCUGAUUGCAACUGCCUGUACCCCAAAGCCACCCCUAGCAGUGACCUGGCCUCUGUCUCCCUUCAGCAGCCCCCUGCCCCCUCCAUGGCCCCUAUGGCUGGCUUGACCCGGGCUGACUCUGAGGGGACAGAGGGCAGCUCCCUCUUGCCCAGUGAGCAGCCCCUUCGCACAGUGGACCUGGACCCAGGAAGUGCUAAGCAGCGACCACCCAGGAGCACCUGCCAGAGCUUUGAAUCUCCGGAGCCCCCAGGUGUGGGGGCCAGCCCCAUCGGAGAGUCACCUCAGCCCCAGCCUUCUGUCGGGGCCCCCGACCUGGGGAUGGAGGACACUCUUAACUCUGCGUUGGGCACCAAAUGGACUGUGGAAGAGGCCUCUGGAGAGGCUAGUGAGGGUCCCAUACCCCAAGGGGCAGAGCUUUCUUCCUCCAGGCUGGAAGGAGGCAGCUUCCAGGCCGAGACGACCGCCAGGCCCAGUGACCUCUUGUCAACACCUUUUCCCCUGUCCUACUCAGCCAGGGGCCAGCAGCCAGAGGACAUGACUGGCAUUCCCCUGCCCACGGUGGGACCUGCAAGAUCCGCUGGCCAGGCCCAGAGUCACACACCUGAGAAGACAGACCGUCCAUCUGACCCACCCAGAGACCACCAGGAGCCAAGCUCUGCCAGGACCCUGUCGCGGCCGCCACGAGGCCUCAGCAAUCCCUCGGCCCUCUCUGCACAUCCAAAGCUUUCCAGAAGGCACUCUUGGGGCCAUGUGCUGCCCCUCGGGGAGUUGGAGGGCAGAAGGAGCACCAGGGAUCGAAGGAGCCCCACAGAGCUGGAAGGAAGACGAGCAAGUGAGGGGGCAGCCAGGGCCCCCACCCCUUUUAACUCCAUUCCUUUGACUGACACAGGCCAUGAGAGGCAGAAGGAGAGACACUCUGACCCUCAGCUCCCCCGGUUUACCUUCCACCUGCUGGUGCCCAGCAUCAUCCUGGUCCUGCUGGCCGUCGGUGGCCUCCUAUUCUACAGGCGGAGACGGCGGAGCCAUCGAGAGCCUCAGACAGUGGAUUCUCCCAUGGAGCGACCAGAGGGCAGCCCCCUAACCCAGGAUGAGGACAGACAGGUGGAACUGCCUGUGUAGAGGGGUCUCUAAGCUGGGCACAUAGGAUAGUCUCUCCACGGGAGAGAUGUGAUGGGAGUGUCCACCACCCCUCCCCCCAGCUGUUCUCCUGGGAAUGUGACCUGCCCACCACAAGAGCUCCUGCCUGCCAGGACUAGACCAGAGCAGCGAGGCUGGGGUGCCUCUGCCCUCGACCCUCAGACUCUGGACUGACUACGAGAGGGCUGGAGGAUGUCCCCCACGCUGCUAAUGUUUAUCAUGGGCCCUGGAGGCUCCCAUUCACUAGAGGAAGGCUGGGAAGCCCCGCUGAGGACCCUCUGUGCCUCAGGGACCGUGAUGGGCCAGGGACCCAGAUGCCCAAAGGAUGUGGAAGAGCAGGAUGGGCACUGAGGAAUGGAAGAGCCUUGGUGCCCAGAGGACUGCCUGGUGCCAAGGGAUCCCAACACCGACAAGCAGGGACUUGUCUCCGGAGAGAGAAGCAUGAGCUCUGCAGGGCGGGCCAGCGUCGGCUAGAUUUCCCGUCAAGAUGUGCAGCCCAAAAGCCGGGAAGAGAAGGCCUCUGGGCCUGCUGGGUCCGUGCUGACAGCCUGGGGGGGGCCUACACCCUCGGCUUGCCCAGGUGUCUUCUGCUGGUUGCCAGGUGGAGAGGGGAGGUCAACCCUGCCCUCAGGACCUGUCUGGCUUGACUCCAAGGCCAAGGGGAAGAGCCAGCCCCGGCGUCUGCCCCACCUUCCCUCCAGCUCUGCCAGAGCUUCUCCGGGAGGCUGCGCAGAGGCUCCCCUCCUGAAGGAAGCCAUUGCACUGUGAAUACUGAACCUGCCUGCUGAACAGCCUGCCCUGUCCAUCCCUGUGAGCGAACGUCCGUCCAUCCUCCCGCCCCUCCGGCCUCCUGCCAGCAGCCUGCGCCUAGUGCCCGAGCUGGCCUUGUGUGUCGACUGAGGGAGCCCCUAAGUCCCUGACCUUCUGCUGACCGAGGCGUCGACUCCCCAGGGUGGGUGGGGCAGGAGAAACGCCUGGGCCUCCAGCCGGAGCUGGUCUUCAGGCUGCAUCCUUGUUGUUGUUCGCAGGUUUCUGCGUCUUGCACUUUGACAUUCCCAAGAGGGAAGUGACUAGUGGAAGGGAGGACAGAGGCAGACCCCCCCACCCCCGGGGGAAGGCUGCAGGGGGCCGUCCCACUGAAACUGGGUCUUCGCAGUUAUGGGUAUGCCAAGGUGGUUGGGGGAGGGGGUCUGCACCCCGACCCUGCCACCUGGUCUCCUUUCCCAUACCAGGCCCUGGCCCCAUCACAGCGGCAAGCCUGUGCCGACCUCACAGCAUGGCACCCAGGUCCCAUCCUCUUCCCACGUCUCCUUCCCCACCCAGGUAGGCAGUGAUCUCCCCAGCUGUCGCCCCUCCACUAUCUCUCUGACCAGGUCAGCCGGGAUGGGAAAGAGACCAGGCAUCCACUUCCAAGUCUGCCUUGAGGGCUUCAGCUUCUUGGGCCAGCCCAUGGCCACUGCUCUGAGAGCUGGCAGGAGGUGUCAGGGCCAUUGAUCACCCCGCCUUGGUCCCUUUGUGCUGCUGUGCCCCUCCUCUCCUGCUGUCCUGGGCCCACCAGUGAGAGAUCCCAGCCUUCCUGGCCGCUGGGCGAGGGCCCAUGAACUUUUCUUCCUGCCCUCAAAAGUGGGGGUCUCCUGCCCGCACCCCCUCCCCGCCCCUGCCCUGCUGCUCUCUGCUGAAGGAAGGGCAGCGGGGAACUUGCCUUGUGAGGCUCCUACUAGUUACAGACUCUAUAUUUGAUGCCAGAAAAUAUGUAUUUAAAA